GUACGCAGUAGCUCUUUAGAAACCUCUUUUUCUGUGCUUGUUAUGUCUUGUUUUUCGCCAAAGGUGGGCCAUUAAAAUUCCGAAGUGACUAUAAAUUGUGUGGCAGUGCAAUAUUUUAUUCUUGAACAGUUUAAAGCCAUUAUACGUGCCUCGUAUCGUUUCUUCCAACUUACUUAAGACAAAGGAAGCGGGUUUGAUUUGAGGUUAAGGGCCAAAAAGCUGCUCAGUAAAGUGAAUAGGACAAGCAGAGAGCAGUUUCCAUCCUGAAAUUCGAUCAAUUUGCCCUCGGAUCCGACGCUAGGGAAUUGAAACCGUUCACCAGAUCAUCAGGCGCCGAACGAUCAGUAAACUGCGGCCAUGUCGCAAUCCAAACAUACGGGUGCUGGCGAUUCCGGUAACGACGGGGGGGCAUUAAACCACCAGGACAAUCUUCAGCGUACGGCCGGAUUUACCAGGCGUCAGCAAUUUCCGAUCCCGGAGCCGGACGAUGACGACGACUUUGAGGACAGUGGCGAAGGUACGGAUGAUGCAACCGAAGACGAGUAUGCCAGCAGCCAACACUUGGAAAUUAAGGAACAGAUGUACCAAGAUAAACUGGCUAACUUGAAAAAGCAAGUUCAAGAGGUAAAACAUCAAACGCAUGCGGAGUACCAGAGGCGUUUGGGGUUUCUACAGGAUGAGCUAGAAGAUCGUCUGGUGUUAAACGAGUGCUCGCAGGACUACCAAACUAGCUGCGCCGAGCGGGACUGCAUUCUGGAGAAGAACGCCGCCUCCAAGGAGUACGAAGAGAAGAAAACGGAGCUUAAGGAGAAUGUUGUAAACGAUCUGGAGGACAGGAAGAAGAUGAUCGAGCACGAGUUCUCGACGAUGGAACUCAAUGGCGACUCCAUCGACGUUAAGCCGACUGUGACGCGCAAGCUGCGCCGCCGUCCCAACGAACCGCUACCGGUACCUGAAAAGAGGCGUAAACCGACCACCGGUCAACUAAUCUUUCUACUCGACGACAAGGAGGUUGAGAACGAUCUGAAGCUGAUCUCGCGCGGAAAACCCAUCUCGGGGCGCUCACAUCAGGCCAACGGUGGGGCGUCUUCCGGUGGCACCAGCAACAGUGGUGCCAGUGGCAGUGGAGGAACUGGCGCCAGCAGCAGCAACAUAUCGUCCGCUGGGACGAACAGCGGUGGUGCAGGCGUUAGCCAUUCCGCCGCCUCCGGAUCCGUGUCUUCAAGUGUCGUUUUACGUGCCAACGAGUCCGGUAUGGACCAAAACGGGGCCUCGUCCAACGACAGAGCACAAAGUCUGAAUCAAUCGUUGACCGGUUCCCAGUAUUCAUCGGGCCAGCAGCAGUCGCACCAAUCGUUGAUGGAGACGCGUAUCGAGGACGGAAAGCUUUUGCACGAGCGUCGCUGGUUUCACCGUGGCCAGCCGGUCUUUGUGGAAGGCAAAGAUCUGACGCGCUUUUCGGCUAACAUCUCCGCUAUCGGCAACGAGACGAUUUGGGUGAAGAAGACGCUUGAUGGUCAAAAGGUGCGCAUCUUCUUGUCACACCUCCGCCGCAAUAAGGUGUCCAUCAAGCGCCGCGCCAAUUAGUUUUACACCACACGGCUCACCGUGUUCGACACGCCUGUACAACUAAGCAGGGUUUUUGAGGCACGCGGAAACAGUAUUCUCCCCUUUCCCGUGUGUCACACCGCUCUCCUGUCGGCACGACAUCAUAUCGCAUACAUAUCGUUUCUUAUUACUCUGCUAGUGUACACUAUUUUCUAAUUACGGCUUGUUGCAACUGCACAGAUUUAUAUUUCAUUAUCAUCAAUUAUUUGUUCAAUUCUCGGGCUUUUCCCCGCAACAAUCAAACAUUAUUUAUUUUGUGUCAAAUUUUCCAAUGAACUUGUUUGUUUCUAUAUCAUUUCACAUCAAUGAUAUAGAUAUCGUUUUACCUGAUUUGACUGAACUGACUUACAUUUGGCAAAUGGUUUUUGGUAAUUAUUUUUCAAAUGAUUAAUUUGAAUGCUUGUAUCACAAUCAUUGCAAUAACAUUAUUCUUUUGUACCAUGCUGAACGAUGGUGUGUUGUUCCGGUGUUAGCCAAGAAAAUGUGGAACGAAUGAACUCACUGAACAAAUGGUAGGUGUCGCCAGAAAAGUCCAGUCCGGGAAGGAACUGUGGCGCGCGAUACUCUUUGCCGGCCUCCGGUCGAGGACCACCUUGUCACGAUACUCGAGUCGUGCCGUAUGAAAUAAUCGCGUUUAUGAACUGCGAAUCGAAUCUGAUCGAACAUUCGGCUUAUGCAAAUGGAGUACCAAGCAUAAGGACAAACGAACAAACCAGGGAAAGAAACAUACAGAUUGCGCCUCGCGAGCCUGGGAUCCGAAAUAACAAAGUUUCUCUGAUACCAGCUUCAAUUUCAAAUAAGGCAGUUUGUAAUGUUCAAUAAAACGAAUAGAAAACCAAAACUGCGGCAAAAGUGAUCCUACCAUUGGCCCCGAAAUAUUGCUGAACAACAAUGUUUGUCGUACUGUGUACACUGCUCUCUCGCCUGCAAUGUUUUUCACGGCGCAGGCUAGAAACACGGAAUUUGCCGCGUUCUCAACAGCGUUAACAAUUUAUAAAUUUGAUCC